GGGGCUGGGAGGUGCUGGAGAAGGUGGCAGGAGCGGAGCAGGAGAGGGAGCGAGAAGCAGCAGAGAUGCAGUGAAUGCAGAGAGAGGGGGAAGGAAGGAGAAGUGGAAGGCAGAAGGGUAGAUGGAGUGAGGUAGAGACGGGGGGGAAGGAGGAGAGGAGGAUGGCCAGGGAACUGGGAAUGGCCUGACCCAAUCUGUGUGGCACAGCAUCUCCCACCGAUUCCCGGGGCUUGGAAGGGUCCCCAGCCACGCCUGAGUUCAGCUGAGGGCUCGGUGCCGGCUUGGGCUACCUAGGGUUAGGAUAAUCCGUGGUGGGGGUCUCCCUAGCCUGGGACGGGUUAGACGAGGGGGGACAGGAGAGGACGGGCUAGCAGGGCAUUGUGGAGGAGGGGCUGUAGGGUGUGAGCCCAGGGUAAGGCCCAGCUGUAUCGCCUGGCCCGGCCCUCCUGGCGCCCGCACAGAUGGAGCCGCUCCUGGCGGUGAAGAUCGGCUGCCUGGUGGCUCUGCUGUUCAUUACCCUCGUCUGCGGCCUCAUCCCGGCCCAGGUCAAGUGGUUCCAGAUCAAGGCGGCCAAAGGGCGGCACCGGCGCAUCCUGAGCUUCAUCGGCUGCUUUGCAGCGGGGGUCUUCCUGGGCGCCUGCCUCAUGCACACGGCGGCCGACGCGCUGACAGACAUCCAGGGGGAGCUGGGCAAGCGGCUGCAGCAGGCUGCCGCUGGGCAGAACCUGACGGGGACACAGAACGACUCGUCUAGGGCCAGUGCCUGUGGGGCUGAGCUGGAUUACCCCUUCGCGGAGCUCGUCAUCUCCCUCGGCUUCUUCCUUGUCUUUCUCACCGAGAGCCUGGUGCUGCACUGCUGCCACGCGGCUCCACCAUCCCACGGGGCCCCGGGCAAGGACCCUGUUUGCUCAGCCCCCAGCGUCCCCUCCGUCCCCCACUCCCACGGGGCCACGGUGCCCAGCGUCCCCUCUGUCCCACACUCCCACGGGGUUCCGGGGCCUCACGGCCCCUCACCUGGCUCCUUCCGGGCCCUGGUGCUCUUCAUUACGCUGUCGCUGCACUCGCUCUUCGAGGGGCUGGCGGUGGGGGUGCAGCAGGGCGAGGCAGGGGCCCUCCAGCUCUGCCUGGCUGUGCUGGCCCACAAGGGCGUGAUCGCCUUCAGCCUGGGGCUGCAGCUGGUGCAAAGCGGCACCCAGCCCCGCUGGAGGCUGCUCUACCUGGGCAUUUUUGCCCUCAUGUCCCCCUCUGGCAUGGCCGUUGGCAUCGGGCUCUCGUUCUCGGGCGGGGCGGCCGGCGGGCUGGCCAUGGCCCUGGUGGAGGGGGUGGCGGCCGGCACCUUCCUGUACAUCACCUUCCUGGAGAUCCUGCCCCAUGAGCUGAGCUCCCGCGAGCCGCCCCUGGCCAAGUUCUCCUUCAUCGCCCUGGGUUUCACCGUCAUGGCCACCAUUGCUGUCUGGGCCUGAGGGGGAGGCAGGGCUGGGUGGGGGCUCCAGGGGCAGGGCCGGCUCCAGGGUUUUGGCCGCCCCAAGCAGCCAAAAAAAAAAAAACAGCCGCGAUCAAGAUCUGCGGCGGCUAUUCGGCGGGAGGUCCUUCGCUCCAAGCGGGAGUGAGGGACUGUCCGCUGAAUUGCCGCCGAAUAGCUGGAUGUGCCGCCCCCUCCGGAGUGGCUGCCCCAAGCACCUGCUUGCCAGGCUGGUGCCUGGAGCCGGCCCUGUCCAGGGGCCAAGCCCUGCAGAGACUGACCCCAAACGGCUUGUCCCCUCUAGGGGGUGUCAGCUCCCAUCCGGCUCCAGGGCAGGGACUGGCUAGAUCAGGGGGGUGGGGAAUAGGACAUGAAGCCUUUCCCAUCUACGGCGGGGACUGGCUGUCUCAGAGGGCUGGGGGACAUGGGGCUUUCCCUUCUAGGGGGCGCUGGCUCCCAUCCGGCCCCAGAACAGGGACUGGCUGGCUCAGGGGGCUAGAGACAUGGGGCCUUUCCCUCUCGGGAGUGCUGGCUCCCAUCUGGCCCCAGGGCGGGGACUGGCUGGCUAAGGGGGCAGGGACUGGGACACCUAGUGGCUGUUCACUGGCUUGAGUGUUGCAAGCUGGGAGGUUCUCAGUGUGUUUCCAGAGGGCCCAGGAGUCUCCCACCCCAGCUGUUGAGCCAGCCAGCUCCCUGGAGUCCUAGGAGCAAAGUAAUCUCCCCCCCCCCACUCCCAGCCCUGUGCUCGGGUCUGUCCCUCUUUCAUGGCAUCUUGGCCCCUGUACAGGCUGAUGAGCCUGCCCUAGCCUGGGCUAACAGAGCAGAGGCCUUUAGCUCAGCCAGUACAGGCUCAUGGGCUUAGCAUCAGGGGUAGUGGGUUUAAUUCCCCGCUGCUGGUUACCCGUGGCGUGGUGUUACAGAGCCGAACUCCCUCCCGCUCUCCAAGGCUACAGCCCAUGGGCAGAGCUGCACCAACCCCUCAGCUGACCCCUUCCUCCAGGGCUGAGGCUGCCAAGGCUGCCUUGGGGUGUUGGGUGUCUGCUUCCCCUGCCUCUCACUUGCUGUCCAAAUCCCUUAGACCACUUGGGGAGGUCCAGCCAGGGGGCUCCUAACAGCGUGGGCCCCUUGGAUGCAGCUGAUGCCACGUAGGGUUGCCCGCCCUCCCUUAAUUAAAGAUCAUGUCACGGGAUGAAACCUCCAGGAAUCUCGGCAACCCUAGUGCCAAGGCCAGGGUGGCUGUGAGAUGAAGCCACAAUCUCUGCGCAGCUGGUGGACAGUGGGUUCCUUGGCCUUGCAGAGACUCCUGGGAAAUAGCUGGAAGCCCAAUUAAAAUUGAAAACAAGGCUCCGUUUUUUGUAAUGGGGGGGGGCGAUUAACCCAUGGAACAAACUCCCUGGGGCCUUUCGGGAAGAUGCUUUAGCCAAACGCCUGUUCCUGGGUUCAGUGCUGGGAGAGCUGGAUGGAAUUUAGCAGCCUGUGCUAGACAGGAGGUCGGACUACAGCUUGGCCCUCCAAGCGCCCAGCUCAUGGAUGCCUGUUCUUUGAGCCUGUUCGUUCAAUGGACGUUGCCGCUGAAAUAAAUCGUGUGUUUUGUGCGCGUC